GACGCUGUCAAUGCUUGAGAACUGCAGAACAAUAAGCGCCUGGGGAGAAAUAUUUCAGAGGGUCACUUGUGCUUCAGAUACACAGAUACACAGGAAUGGCUGACGUCUUGAGAGGCAUAAGCCUCAUUGAGACCCUCAAAGAGUCUAUGGAGAACAAUAAGUUAUCCGAUGUCAAGGAGGCCGUGGAAGAUCUCCUCAUCAGCAGGAUUAAUUUAGCUGUGGUUGGGGACCGAGGGGAGGAAAAAGCCUGCUUCAUGAACUCCCUCCGUGGCCUUGGGCCUGACGACGAGGGCGCAGCUCCUUCUCCAUCCCCCACUGACCCAGACGCGGUGGCAGGCUACCCCAACCCCAAACACCCUGACUUCCGCCUGUGGGAUCUGCCGCCUGUGCCGACCACGUCCUCAUUUGAACCGGAGGCGUACAUGAGCAAAUUCAAGUUUCUCCGCUACAAUGCCGUCUUUAUGACGUCCCUUCAGACACCUCAACCCAACAGCGUGGAGGUUUUCCUGGAGGCCCUUUCAGUGCAGCGACAAACUGUAUACUUUAUUCUCUUUGUGUCUGUAAAAGACACAGACAAGAGCCUGGAGGAAAAGAGGAAAGCCAGUCUCGAAGUUCUGAAAUCACAGGGUGUGAAACAUCCCAAAGUCUACCUGGUUAAACCUUCUAUGCUGGAGAAGUUUGACUUCCCAGGACUUUUGGUGGACAUGGGUAAAGACCUUCCAGAGAUCCGAGCCAACGCUCUUCUCUUUGCUCUCCCUACUCUCACCCCAGCCCUGGUCACUCAGAAGAAGGAGGCAUUUACGGCACUCGUGUGGGCAGCUGCUUCUCUGUCCGGCGGGGUGUCAGCUAUUCCCGUUCCUCUCGUGGCGUCCAUGGUGGACUCGAAUAUAGCUGUGCGAAUUCUGACCAAAGCACAGGUAUCUCUGUGCCUGGAUGAUGAAUCUGUGGAACGACUGGCCCGACAGCGAGGCGUGGACUCCACAAGACUUAAAGAGCUGCGGACUUGUGUGCUGUCGUUGGAGGUCACCAAAGGGGAAGUUAAAAAGCGGCUGGCCGCAGCUGAGAAGGACUUGGCCCCAGUUUCAUCCAAGUUUCUGCAGAUGGCGAUACCCAGACAUGCUCGUACAGCUAGCCGCUCCUUCAUUGCUAUGCUGCAAGCCUUAAAUGGCGCUAUCGAUGAAAUGGCCGCUGAUGCGGAGAAGAUAGUGGCUGCUGCUCUGGGGGAGGGGAAAUAAAACC